AGUUUUGUUUAUUUAUUUUCAAAUCGUUAAUCUUAAUUGUUAAUGCUGAACGAAUCAACUUUUGGAAUUGUUAAAUAACGAAGAAUUGGACGUGAGUCUUCCCUGAAGUUUGAGUAAUGAACCUCACAUCCAUUUUAUUUUAUGCGGUUCAGUCACGUAUACAUGCACGGAUAUUGUAGAUACAUACAUUCAAAUACAUUGAGUAUCUGCAUUGACUUAUGCGGCAGAGUGGAAAAACACAAAUCCAAAAUAUGGCAAGUUCGUCAAGUUUUCUUUUGCAGGCAUGAGACAAACAAAGUUUGUUGUUAUGCACACCCAGAUGCACCUCUUAUCGAGGACUACAGAGCAGGAGAUCAGAUCUGCUCAGAAUGUGGACUAGUUGUUGGAGACAGAGUGAUAGAUGUGGGUUCAGAAUGGAGAACAUUCAGCAAUGAGAAAGCUGGAGUUGAUCCUUCGCGUGUUGGUGGCCCAGAAAAUCCGCUUCUCAAUGGUUCAGAUUUAUCCACAAUGAUUGGACCUGGAACAGGCCCAGCAUCGUUCGAUGCUUUUGGUGCUUCGAAAUAUCAAAACAGACGUACAAUGAGUAGCUCUGACAGAGCGCUGAUCAAUGCUUUCCGCGAAAUAAACGGCAUGGCCGAUCGUAUCAAUUUACCCAAAACUAUUGUUGACAGAGCGAACAACUUGUUUAAACAAGUCCAUGAUGGCAAGAAUUUAAAGGGACGCGCGAACGAUGCGAUUGCCUCCGCUUGUUUAUACAUUGCCUGCAGACAGGAAGGAGUGCCUCGUACUUUUAAAGAGAUCUGCGCGGUCAGCAAGAUCAGCAAGAAAGAAAUCGGAAGAUGUUUCAAAUUGAUAUUAAAAGCGCUUGAAACAAGCGUGGAUCUUAUCACGACGGGCGACUUUAUGUCAAGAUUUUGUUCCAAUCUUGGUCUUCCUAAUAUGGUGCAAAGAGCAGCUACGCACAUCGCGAGGAAGGCGGUAGAAAUCGAUAUCGUGCCUGGAAGAUCGCCUAUUUCAGUAGCAGCCGCUGCAAUCUAUAUGGCAUCGCAGGCGUCAGAAGAUAAAAGAUCGCAGAAAGAGAUUGGCGAUAUUGCUGGAGUAGCAGACGUAACGAUUAGGCAGUCUUAUAAGUUGAUGUAUCCUCACGCAGGAAAACUGUUCCCAGAAGAUUUUAAAUUUGCAACACCGAUUGAUCAAUUACCACAAAUGUAAACUUAACGGGCCUGUUUCUGCGUAUAUUUUAUCAUGUUGAAACAAUAGUUACAUAUCUUGAAUAUCUCAUCUUUAAAUAAUUUGUUUUAUUUACAGUAUACAUUCCUGGAUAAUUUAUGAAAUGUUUCUAUUAUUUAAUUUAUUAUGUAUCGAUUCUGCUUUCUCUUUUUCUUUGCUCUAUCUUUGUUUCUACCAUUUUGGGAUAUUUACCACGAUAAUAUCCUGAUAAUCUCUCCAAUGUGAAUAACGACUAUAAUUUCCUUGCAAUGUUAUUGUAAAAAUGAAUAAAUUAUUUUAGGCGUCAAGGUAAAACGAUUGUAUUAUGAUUGGCGUGUUUCAACAUGUUAAAAUUGAAAGAAUGAAGUUUGUAAGAUUUAUAUUUGAUACAAAAAACGAAAUUUACAUGUACAUCUUUAUAGAGCACAAUAACUGUUUGUAUUCAGUUUGCAGUAAAAAAACGCAGUGACAACUGAACAUAAAAAGUAGUAGGUGAAAUUGUACGGUAAAUUCUGUGAUACUUUUACUAAAUGCUAAUCAUCAAGAAUGAUAUUGAUUAAAAGUCGAAUUACGGAUUCUAAUGCCUGUACACGUGUCUUAUUCUUCACGUAAUGCUUGCAUACAAACUAUAACAAUAACAAUGAUUUUUAAACAAUUCCAAAAAGAAGUUCGAAAACAAUGCAAUACCGUACAAAAUAUUUUUAACUAUAUAAUGUAGUAGAUAUGAAAUUCAUAUAUAUGCAU